AUGUUUAAAGUGAUUCGUGCAAUUUCCAAGUUAACCAGGAUAAAUAAAAGAUAUUGUACUUGCGAAUGGCAGGAAUUCGAGGAUGCAAACACAAAGAUCGCCAUCCUUCCAAACGGAGUGCGGGUUGCCACUGAGGAGACCUGCUCCCCCCUGGCUUGUAUCUCCCUUUUCGUCGAAGCAGGAUCCCGGUUUGAAUCCGCAAGUAUCAACGGCAUCACUCAUUUCAUAGAGCACAUGGCGUUCAAAGGUUUUGGGUCCAUGAGUAGGCGUCAGUUUGAGCAAACUCUAUUGCAUAUAGGUUCAAAGCUGCAUGUGGAGACGACCAGAGAGCUGCAGAUCUUCACCGCGUAUUGCCCGGCGGAGUGCGCGUCGAACAUCCUUGACAUAUACUCCAAAAUCAUCUGCGAUCUCGAGCUUAACGAAACGUGCAUCGACAAAGAGAGGAGCAUCGUGUGCGACGAAAUGGAGGACGCUGACAACGAUCCUAGGGUUCUCACCUUCGACUAUUUGCACCAGUGUGCGUUUCAAGGCACGCCGCUCGCGCAGCGCGUCAUAGGCCCUUCGUGCAACUUGGCUCGCUUCGACAAGGAUCUCAUCUGCAGCUUCAUGCUCGAACACUACCAGCCCUAUAAACUGUGCCUUGCGACCUGCGGCGGUGUGUGCCAUGAGAACAUGCUGAGCGAGACAGAACGCAGGUUCGGCAACAUCGUGCCCAAUCCUGAGUACAUGACGGACGAGGGACCUUGCCGGUUUACUGGCUCGCAGGUGGUCUAUCGGAACGACUCCAUGCCGUUUGCCCAUGUUGCCAUCGGCUUUGAAGUGCCAGGGUAUGGCCACGAGGACUAUCUGCCGCUUCUACUCAUGUCUUGCAUGACCGGCUCGUGGUGUAAGAGUCAGCAAGGCGCUAUGCAUCAGGGGUCCCCUUUGGCGAUCGCCGCUGCUCAUGAUAACUGCCAUUACUUCGACAGCUUCUAUCUCCACUACAAAGACGUUGGAUUGUGGGGGGUGUACUACGUCGGGGAGAGGAUGCAGCUCGACGAUAUGAUGUACAACAUCCAGCAGCAGUGGAUGUACAUGUGCACCAUGACGAAUGCGAGAGAUCUGGAGCGUGCGAUCAAUUUGGCCAAGCUUAAGCUUUGCAAGAAGGCGGCCGGAGUAGUGGAGUGCAGUCACGACAUCGGGUACCAGAUGAUGUACACGUGUGGACGGCGGUCCGUAGCCAACUUCAAGUACUGGAUGACGACUAUGGAACCCAAGAUCAUCAGGAACACGGCAUAUAAAUACUUAUAUGACAAAUGCCCGGCGGUGGCGGCAGUGGGGCCGACGGAGUGCUUACCGGACUACACCAGGAUCAGGGCAGGCCAGUACUGGCUCAGGGUUUAA